UACUCAGUGUUUAUAAACACGAGACUGUAAGUAUUUGCAGAGUAAUGGCCCUUGAUAAUUUGAAAAGCCUUGUGAGCGUUUUGUUUGCUAAUGUUAUCAGCCGAGUGUGACCAUCCUUAUGACCAAUUGGGAAUAUAUAUAUUUUGUUCCAUAUUUUUUAUCAAGUUUUAUUUUUUGAAUGAAAUUCUGGUGUGUGACUAAAUUUUAUACAUUGAAUUCUAACACGCGUGUAUAAAAAGGGCGCUGUAUUAUUAUUAUCGAUAAGUAUUAACAAUAUGUAUUGUACUAUUAUGAAAUGUCUAUUCGUUAAAUUCUGCCAUGCCACAUGUUGCCAAGUGACAGCAUUUCAGUCAUAAGAAUAGAGUAAACAAGCGGGUCUAAAAAACAUAUCAAUCAAAUUGACACAGCGGGUUAUACCGUUACAACCUGUGUUAACACAUGCCUACACCUUUAAAGAGCCCCGGUCUACUUUAGAACAUAGAAGGAAAAAUCAUUCAAUACUCUCUACAAAGUCAAACUGCAAUAAAUAAUAAUUCACAACCCGACCUCUUAUUUAAGAAAGUUAAGCUUUAAUGUAUUUCCUUUGAAUGUUUAGACAUAUCAGAUACUGAUUUCCUUGCAUUCUUGUUUGUUGCAUUACGGGGGAUGAUAGAAGUGUGAGUUUGUAAAUAACCGCAAAGCUAUAUUCAAAUUCUACACAAGCGUAUAGAUAGAAAUUAUUAUAACUACUAUUUGAAUAUCCUGAAAUAAACACGUGGCAUGAGCCGUUUGGGAAGAUUUGGUUCCUAUCUUGGCUCCCGCCAGCUGUAUGAGUUGGGAGUUAUGAUGUUAUCAGAAGGCGAACCACAAUUAAAGCUACCUCGAUUGAAUACCUCAAAUAAUUCAAGUAAUUUAGAUGCCAAUACAGUUUCCAGGAUGAAUGACCAAUCUGUCAGACAAUAUUUAAGUAUGCAUUUGGCAGAGGCUAACAAAGCCAAAGAGACAAUUAAUACACCGAAUUUACAAAGUGCUAGUCCGAGCACUGACAACAGACAUUGUAUUCCGUCACGGAAGCAGCGGGAAUUUAUAAAUGAUACUUAUAAAGAUGAACAUUAUUGGGAAAAACGGCGCAAAAAUAACGACGCUGCCCGACGCUCUCGCGAAAAACGCCGUUAUCAUGAUAUGGUGUUAGAAGGUAGAAUACAUGAUCUCUCAAAGGAUAACUGCCUUCUAAGAAAUGAGCUGUCUGCUAUUAAAAGAAAAUUUAAUCUACCUCUUGAACAACCGUUCAAAGACCCGGACGAUGACACACAGCAAGUGGGAUCCACAUCUAUACCAAGCUCAUCUUCACCCAAUAUACAAUAUUCAAACUCAUCAUCCAUGGUGCCAUCAAAACCUUCACAUACGACCAAUAAAGGAGUUCCAUAUUCAUCUCCCCCACCACUUCUUGCAGUUACAGGUGCCAUGGCUGUUCCAGUUCAGGGUAUAUACCCACCCAAUGGCGCUCAGUAUCCAUACUACCUCAACAUGUCUGGCUCUGAAACUACGUUAAGAAAUAAUCAUGAUUCUAAUGGGUCCAACAGCUCAAACUACACACCACCAAGAACCAACAGCUUCUCCUCGGGCUAUCAAGACGUGAAAGUGAAAGAGGAACGGGAUGACAGUAAGUCUCCACCGCCUUUAUCCAUAGCUUUAGAAAGCGAUAUUCGACCACCUUCGGAUUAUUACAGCCAACAUCACUUAAACCAAGGCUAUUCUAGCGAUAGUUGGCAAGGAUCUCCAAGUAACAGUAACAGCUAUGGUUCGGAUGAAUAUGCUGACCAACCUCUGCAACUAACAGUUCGCAGAGACACUGCUGAAAGCAUAGAUCGUUCUUCAGAUAAAAAGGAAUCACAAAGUUCACACGCAUCAUCAUUACCCUUAAAACUUCGACAUAAAUUGCCAACUCAGGAAUAUUAUUCACCUCUUGAUCCAUCAGCCCCGUUUCCCACCAGACCUUAUGUUAAUGGUCUUGCUCAGUUAUCAGAGAUCGCCUUAGCACAAGCCAACCCUUUACCUCUCUCCAGGAAAAAUUCAGACCUACCUCCACAAUCCAUGGAUGGCUUUACUCGAUCCAGUAGAAAAGACAAAUCUGGUAAUCCGAAGCAUAUAGAUCCAAAGUACAUCGAACGGCGACGUCGUAACAACGAGGCGGCCAGAAAAUGUCGCGAAAACCGAAAAUAUGUAACCAACAUGCGAGAAGCCAAAUCGGACUAUCUGCAACAAGAGAAUGGUAAGCUGAAAGAUGAAUUAGAUAGCCUUCAGGAGGAGAUGAAGCAGCUGAGAGAACUAAUGGAGAAGAAAAGACUGGAGCAAGGUCUAACUGAACGAGAGAUGGAUGAGAAGAUGGCGGCAUCUUCUACAAUGGAGCUUGGGGAAGAAGUCAGAGUUGAGGUCAAACAGCUAGAUGACUACUCGGAAAGCUCGUGAUUUCAAUGCUAUUGUUUUUUUUUAAUUUACUGUCAUUUCAAAUACAGCGAAAAGUUGAAACCCGUAAAUAUUAUUAUUAGGACCCACAUGCAACAUGAAAUAGACUUUGCAUACUUUUUCAGAUCCCCAUCGUCUCUAAAAAGGACUAUGUUUGUUCCUGUUAAUUUCCAUAAUCUGCUAAUUGCAAAUUGCAUGUAGCACUUAAUGAUGUUUUACAGUGUGGAUUCUUGAGGAUUCAUUACGAAUUAAUGAAUAUCGAUAUAUCGAAUUUUGGGUGUGUGCCUAUUCAAGAUAAAAUGUGCUUUGUAUAUUUGUGUAGAAGACUGAAACUGUUUUAAAACAAAGUACCACCCCCAUUUAAUCCAUAUUUAUGAAGGAAACUGUGAGAUGGACAAUGCAGUAUAUUGUCCCGGUUGAUUCAGGUACGAUAGUCUCAGGCAGUUUCAACUCAACGGGUAAAAUUCGAACAUAAUUCCCAACAAAUCAGGUAUUCACAUUGGAAUAUAUAUAUUUAUAUAUAUAUAUAUAUAUAUUAGCACACUGUGGAUGUACAUAUAUAAUUUUGUAAUGACUGAUGCAUAUACAUACCUAUAUUGCCAUUACAUAUUAUAUAAUUAUUAUUCCUAAAGAGAAAACGCUCAGGUUUUUAGAAAUAUUUAAGAAAAGAGAACUUAUUUACAUAUUUUAUUGUUCACAUUGGUGUCGAUGUUGACACUUCUAUUACGUCAUCAAUCUUUGUGUUUAGUAGUUUAGAGACAUAUAUAUCUAUAUAUAUAUGUAUUUACAUACUAAGACUUAUAUAAGUUAAUUGCUCCAUUCUACCAUCUAGAUCCUUUAUUGGCGUCAUUUUAAUUGGUUAUUAUAUCACUGAUUAGCUAUACUGUCGUGUUAACUUUUAUAUUAGAGAAUACAGGCUCAUAAAAAAUAAAUGGUUAGCAUUUAGAAUGUUCUAUACCAUCAAUUAUUUGAGAUUGUUUAAAAUGAAACACUUAAGAAAAUGAAAAAAAAAUAAUGUAGUUUCAAAGAAAUGCGUCAGGAUAACUAACAGAACGUUAAUUACGAGUAUGAUACAAAAUAUUAUCUUGACAAAUGUCAUACUUAUUAGCAACUGUUGAAUUUGAAAAAAAAAAACAAACAGAAAUAACAUAUUAAGUGGGUUUGGUAUUUUGAUAAAGGGAUGGCGUAAAAAUGUUAAUGAAUUAACAAUUAUUAUUAAAUGUUAAUUAUUGUAAAUAUUGCGCUCUAUAUAUAUAUAUAUACUUUAUCUACCUCAGCGUCAAACUUUAUUACAGAUAAAAUGACAGGCCUGUCAAUUAAAGUGUUCUUAUAACUGUACACAAUUAAAUACGGGAUGAUCACAUCAUUAAAUUGUCUGAUAAGAUGUGAUUAUAAGGUUUUGUGUGUUAAAUAUGGGUAUCGCGAUCAUAUUCUAGAUAAAUAGAAGAGAUCAGCCGAAGUUUACUAAUUUCAGAGCACCUACAAUUGCAGAAAUGCAUACACAAAGAUAUACAUAAAACUGUAUUCGUAUAUUGUAAUAUAUGGAACGAUAACUGGGUUAUAAGACUGCUAAUGUUGCAGCUGUCAAUGAUAUUUUAUGUUCUAAAAAUGUUUAUACAAAAUGGGCAUUAGGAAAUACAAGAAGAUUUUAUAUAUAUUUGAGUGAAUUCAUAUACAAAACCCAACAGCCAACUUAUAACCGUUCUAAUGACAAUAUACUUGGUUUUAUCUCUACAUAAUUUCUAAUUGAUCGUUUUUAUAAAUAAUAAUGUUUUGUUAACGAACUUUUGAUGAAGUCUCUCAGGACAGUAUGAACUGCAUAUAUAAUUUUAUGGUUAAAAUAACAUAAAUAUACUUCAAACCUCACAGCACUUGUAUUGUUUUUAGCACUUUCAUGUUAUGUAGAGAAUUAUUCUGUUGAUAAUUGAUCAAGGCUUUGGGCCCUAGGAAUAUGACGUUAUAUUCGUUUAUUCCAUACUUUAAAAUUUAAGAAUGAUUUAUUGAUAGAUUUAAGAAUGUUUGUUUUAUUAAGAAUAAUGUUCUGGUUUUCUGUCAGAAGACUUGUCUCCUUAAUUGUGGACUUACUGGCUUUUUUGGUGCAUAAAAUGAAUUAAGUCAACAAAAAUAAUGCUAAAAUAAUUAGCGCCUGUUUUUUUUUUCUAGUGUUUCUUUUGUAAAAUUCAUAUUGCACUUUUCAAUGACCUGUACCCCAUAAUCCCCUAACCCACUAACUGGUUUUAAUUCUUAUCUGGAAAGGAAUAUUUAACAAACUUUAUUAUUUUGUUUUCAUAGGUUUGAUAAAUACUAAGAAUUGUUGUGCCAUCUGACGAUUGAUUUUAAGAUUUAUUUAUUAAGAAUGAUGCACUUUGCUUGUUUCGUUAUUUUGAUUGUCCAUGUUAAUGGUGACGUGCCAUCUUCAACGUUUAAGUGCUUUUGUUAAAUCAACAUUCUUGUGAUAUGUUAUAGUUGAGUAUAUAGUGCUUGUUGUGUUAAGAUUUUAAAACAAAAUCAACACCAAUUUUACAUUUUGAUUUUAUAAGUGCUAAUUUGUUUGAUUUUGUGGAUUUCGAUUUUAAAUCACUUGAUAUUGACUACCUAAAACUGGUACCAAAUAUGUUUGAAUUUGUAUUGAAAACGUGUUGUUAAGUUGUGUUUCGUUUUGAAUGAAAUGUUUUAUUAUGUAACAACUAACUCUUUUAAAAUGUAAUAUUCAUAAAUUCAGAUUUUAUAUUAAGAUUAGACUUUUGUCAAUUCCGUUCUAUUAAAACCCACGACAAGAUUAUGGUAAUUUAUUCAGUUUAAAAAAAAGAAUGUAGCACGUUUUAUUCAAUAUAAAUAACAUACUUAUGUCGCCAUUUUCUGCUGUAGUCUUUUUACAAACACCAAUGUAUAUUUGUGUCUUUAAUUAAAAGCAUUUUAUAUUUGCACCUUUCAUCUGCUGACAUUUUGUAUGAUUAACAUUCGUGGAUAUGUAAGACUCCUGUCAUUUCAUUAUAUAGAUCGUGUUAGAAUUAAUAUAUAGUUAUGUAUUACGUAUAAUUAGCUAGACAACCACUGCAAAAAAACGUAGAGAAUUUGUUUAAUGAUUCACGAAUGGCGUUCUAUGUUUGUAUAGGUCAAUACAUUUUAAUGUGGACUAAAUUAUUUUUUUACGCUUAGGAUUAAGUAGAUGGACAAAGUCCCAGAUAAAUAUAUUGAAAUUUUAAAUUUAGCUUUUGUGGUAAAAAGUGAUAUCUUACGUCCGCUUCCACCGGUGUGAUAUCGCAGACACUAUCCUUCCUUGAUGGCAUUUAAUUUAUUUUAAUUUUAUCUAUCUCGAAGGUAGAGACAGAUGUACACAAAACUUGCUAUUUUUAGUCCUUCUCUAAUAAUCGUUUUGGACAAUCCACAUUAUUGAACGCCAUUCCAGAAGCGGAAUUUUUAUGGUUCCACUUUUCUGUAGUGCACGCAUAAAUAUUUAUCUUAAACUACAACAAAUCACAAGGAAGUUUCAUAUCAUUCAUUCAAACUUUUACUUUUGAUUACUUAUUUUUCUUCUAUAUAUUUAGAUACAUGUAGACACUUUAGUCGAGGAAUAUUUUCUGGAGUUAAAUAACAAUUGUGAACUUUUGGUUCAAUAUAGUCAACUACCUCGACACAUACCAUGAAGGAAGAAAAUGUAACAAAGUAUAAAUGUAACUUUUCUUUGUCAUGCAAAUAAAAUAUUUUUGUCGUCUAAAA